CCGCAAAUACCAAUGCACCAAUUGCGGUACAAUAAAGUUGUAAUUCACUAGUUAUUCCCGAAGCUCUCCAAAUCUGUUUUCGAAGAUGAACUUGAGAAUAUGCAUCAAGCUUACAAGAGACAUGGAGAUUUCAAGUUGGUGAUUCUUCAGAUAUAGAGGUUCCAUACGUCUUAUCAACAUUGGCCGCACAACAUUGCACUCUUAUCUAAUCUCCAUUGUUUCCAUCGUGAAAACGCAUAUUUAAAUUAGACGUGUUCCGCCUGCUCUUAGUCUUAGAACUGGUUUCUUGUUCUAGUAUUAGUUGUAAUUGUCCAGGAAAAAUAAUUACGUCGUCGUCGCCACCCAACAGGUUGUCUACCUAGAUUAGGACAAGAUUGCAUCAUUUGUACAUACAUUAAGGGAGUGAAUGCCUAAUUACACUACCAAAACACAUUGAAUAAUCACAAGUUGUGGGAGAAGGUUGGACUUAGUGCCUAAUUUUAUGGUAAACGGUAAUGGGAGUUGGUUGAAGACAAUGGCCAAAAAAUGGAGUAGGUUGGUUGGAAGAAGCCAUAGAGACACUUGCGAAUUGCGAUUGGUGUACAAACGAAACAAGGCUGCGUUUGGCUGGUUCUGAGUAAGGAACGCAUGUCAUCAAAUUUAGCGACCACUGCCGGCUUCGGUCGCUAAUGCAAACAAAAACCCUUUCCCAUGAGGAAAUAAGAAAUAAUUUUGGUUACUAAUGGUUGUCUUUUUUCUCCUUGAUCCUUGGGAUCGUGUCCCUUGUUUGGUUAUAUGUUAAAUCUAUUUUCUGUUUUCUCCAGCACGUACGUUGACCCAAUUCUCGCCCUCAUUUGGCUCUGUUUUGUAUCUAAUCUAAGGCUGCAGAAUUAUUGGGAACCAUAGAAGGAAUCCACCUCAGGAUUAGGACGGCAAAUUAAGUCGAGCGGUUUGGUGUUCGAUUCGAGAAAAGCUCGUUCGAAACUCGGUUUGUUAAUAAAUGAGCCGGAACAUGAGAUAAGCUUUGUUCAGCUCGUGAAACUCGCGACGACUCGGUGGCUUGUUGAGCUAAACUCGUGAGCUGGCUCGUUUAUAGCUCAUAAUAUAAUAUGUCUCAACAUGUGGCUAGAGAGCCAACUCAACUACCGACUUAUGGACGAAUCAAUCUAUAUCUUAUGAUUUUAAUUCAUAUGGUUGUUAAAUUAUAUAUCUAGCCAUAUAUAAAGUUGAACACGUUGAGUAUGUGAGCAAAUAUAUCUUAUUUUCUAUUUAUUAACUAAAUUAUAUAUGAUACCAACAAAGUAUAAUAUGAAAUUAGCUAACAAAAUAAAUCAUAUGUAUCAUGAUAUACAAAAUAAAGUGCCAAAUAAAAUUCAAGAUUUUAGUAAACAAGCUAGCUCGACUCGACUCAUUUAUUAACGAGCCGUGCUCACACUGGGAUAAAACUCGAUUUGACUCAUUUGUAGCCCUACUCAGCAUCUUAAACUAAUCUUCUUCCCGAUGAUGCCUGCUGCUUUUUCUCUCCUCUUUUUUUUGGUUGCCAAUUAUGGGGAUUGCCAAACAGCUAGCUAAGCUGUUGAGAGUAUGGGGACUGGGAAGCAAAGGACCACUUGUGCUUUAUCAGAAAGGAGAUCAUGAAAGUGUGUGUAUAUGUGGGUUGGGAAUGAAGCAAUGUGGCUGGUUUGGGAUUUUGGGGACACACAUUCUCUCAAUUGGAGGACCCUUUUUAGAGUAUUGAGUGGAGAAAAAACUAACUCUGAUAAGGUUUUUUUUUUUUAAUAUGGAUGUGUUGGGAUCGGGGAAAACGACUUUCAGUGAGGUCGACUGGAUGUUGAGUGCGAACGCGCGUUGGCAGGUUUUAGUGGAUUGAAUCGGUUUGGCUAGUGAACGCUCAAAGUUAUUUUAAGUGUUUGACUCGAGUCGUUUCAUGUUAAGAACCAUGUUAGGAGAGACGUAUUAAAUUACGCUUUUGUGAAUCUCGUAGGUGUCGUAGAGUAUAUAAGGAGGGUUUAUGGAGGUUAUUAGAGACAUGUGUUUAAGAAGUGCUUGAACAGAUGACCACAUGUUUAAGCAAAACAAGAGCUAUCAUAGGAUUAGAUUAGCUUAGCUAAUUAGCUGCAAAAAUGGGGAAACAAAUGAAUUGAUCGAAGACCAGUCCUCUUUCUCCCCAUCAAAACAUGUGGUAUUUGUUAAUGUAUGCUUCUGUCAGUAUUUUCAAUCAUUUAGUGCUUCCUUACUGUCAUGAUCUCUCAGAUGAACUGCAUUAACUCAGUCUACGUGCUGCAUGCUUAAUGGCUAACUACUUCCAACAAUAAGUGUGGCUGGCACAAUUCAUUAUUAAGCACUAAUUAUUAUUAUUAUUAUCUUCUUGUGAUUUUUUAUAUAUUAUAUGAAUGAUACUAUGUUGUACAAAAUAUCAUGACAGUACUGUACCAGGAAAAAAAAUUAAUAAUUGUAAGAUUAUCUUAUCUGUUGCCAACAGAGUUCAUUUCCUGGCUGGACACUUAUCAGAUUGAAGUGGUAUGAUUAAUGGUUAAUUAAUUAAGCUUUAAAUUGGAUCGUGCAAUAGAUCCAUACAGAUUUGAUUUACACGGUAUAGUUAGCUAAUACAACCAACUGAUAUGGUAUGAUAUCACAAACACUUCGUUUUGAAUACCGACUCUCUACCCCGCGCGCCACUCUAAGGUUCUGCUUAAGUUAUACAUCCAUUUGCAUUGCAUACAAACUCUCUCUAUGUUGUUACUUAUAAUGAGAUCGAUAUAUGUUGCUACGAAGGUCAGCUUUUUUAGCUCGAACUAACUAUGAGUUUGUGAGUCCUUAUAUGAUUCAAAUUAGGUUAUUCCGCUUGCUGUUAUUCAAUUUCCAAUUGAAAGUAAGGGAAGAUAGAACAACUUUCGUGCGUGUUGGUGGAGGUGCUAUUUAAGGGAUUCAAACAUGUAACUUCUCGGUUCAAAACUAGUGAUAUUUUUAUUAAGGGUGUUGUUCGCAACGAGGCGUGGAUACAAAUUCUCCCCCCUUCCACGAUCAAAUCAUUAAGAUUUAAGAGGGAGAAAUAGAAUGAACCAACUAGUAGUCCCUUAAUUAGGUGGGUAUAUGAAUGAUUAAGGAAAUUAUAUGAAUAAUCAUUUUGUAGAUUUUACCUUUGACUUAGACUUGGGCUUGAAUCCUGGAUCCCCAUAUUAACCUUGGGCCUUCCAAAACCCAAUACAACGGGCUUGAGCCCUGAAACUAUGCGUACUUGGGCUAUUUGCAGACCUGGCCUCCACAAAAACUUGAGCUUGUAAUAUGGAGUGAUAACUGACCUCUGUACUCCGUAGUUUAGUUGGAUAACGUACAGAAACAGAGCACAAAUGCCACAGGAUUUAGCAACCAAAAGAUAAGAGUUGCUCAUGGCGCAAAUGCCAGCUAAAAAAAUCAACUCUAGGUUGCGUAACCCUCUGAAAAAGGACGAGACUUUCAGGAUAGAGAAUUUAAAAAGCUACAACCUUUGAGCUCCCUCCAUCUUUUCAUGGCGGCCACAAUCAAACCAGUACUUCCUCCCCAACAACAAUUCAUCCCAACGAAACAAACCCUUCACCCCACUUCUCCUCCAUGGACUUCCUGCAAACCCACUUUCCAUGGCGGCCAUUCAUCACUUGCAAUUACUUCCCAUCACAGCAGGCCGCCGCUCUCAACCUCCGUUUCAUUCGACCCGUCGAGAAACUUCGACCUUUCUUUAUUCGACGACGAUCAAGAUGCGUCGAAUGUCGCUCCGCAGCCGAUGCCGCCGAGCGAAGGAAGGUACGAAGUUGUCAUCAACAGUGGCAUCAUUAGCGCACUCGAUUUGUCCCCGUUUCGCGAUGUUAUGCCUAUGGGGAUUUUUACUUCUUCUAGCUCCCCUGCCUCAGUGGAUGAAGUAAAGCAGUUGUUGGAACGAAGCGUGGGGUUUACGAUAAACUAUACGAGGGAGGAUCCUCGGGAUCCUCGAGAGCUGUCGGAACUCCCUGAUGUGAGGCUCUGGUUCGUGAGGCUCGAUGCAGCUUACCCAUGGCUGCCGGUGGUGCUUGACUGGAGAGCAGGGGAACUCGCCCGUUAUGCCGCCAUGAUGGUCCCUCAUCAGAUGAACAUGAAGAUGGGGGUUGUGUUCAAUCCAGAGGCGUUGGAGUUGUUUGUGAUGAAGAAAGUGUUUGUGGUGUAUUCUUGGUUGAAGGAGCAGAAUGUUAGCAAGGCUAGAUUGAAGACAAGUGAUAUGGCUAGAAUGCUAGGGUUUGGGAUUGGAGAUGAACUUUUUGACUUGAUUGAUAAAAAUUCUUUCCCUUUAUAACUCUCCAUACGAGUGUAAAGGUUUAGUUUAUCAUUGUUAACUUCAAAUUUGUGACGCUGCAUGUGUAUUUAAUAAUCGCAAAUCCACUUAUUUCUCGAUUCUUGAUGAUUUAUGACAAUUUAACAGAGGCUGGUGAGGGAAACAUCUCAAUCUCCAACCGAAAUUCUUUCAUGAUGGACUCAUACUUUCUCCCUCGUCCAUGUAGCUUACAAGUUUCUUUACUUUAUUAUCUUGGAUUCAUGUCAUGCUUUUAAAGUUAAUACGAUUUUCUAUACUUUCAAUGAUUUUUAUUUUUACAAUACUUGUCUCCUUGUAAUGCUAGACUCAAAUUAAAAGAGAAAAGAAAAAGAACAUAGUCAAUACAAACGUCCAAAUCCGUUCCAUCGGAAUAUAAACUUUAUUUCUAGACCACUUCUAAAAAAUUAAUAACUUUUGAAAUUAGUUUGAUGGAAGCAUUUAUAUCUUUUAUAUACUUUGUUCUGUCAUCAAAACACGACAAACUUUAUUCAAAACGGAAACAGAAGAAUGCGAAGUAACUCAACAGCUGUAUUCUCAUUUGCGGAAGUUAAUCCCAAGUGCUUUUUCUAUGGAUCAUGAUCUACUUAAUGAAUGUCUGAUGAAGAAGUUCGGUCAGCAUCUCAUACGUCAAAAGGACUAAGAUGAGUAAAAGUACUUUUAGGUGCGGAUUACGCACCUCGCAUACAGGAUAUUGCACGAUAUUUUCACCAAGAAAAACAUAUCAGACAGUGAUGUACAAUCCUUUGUAUCUACAUGGGGUUUUGAAAAGACUUUUCAGUUUUUCGACCGCUAUGCCCAGAUGAACAAAGAGUCUUCAGCAGUAGUUUUGUGUAUGAUGAAGUUUCGCUAAUGAUACCUCAUGUGCUAGACUAUGAUUACAUGUAAGAUCAAAGAACGAGGGGCGUAUAUAUUCUAAUGUGUUUGAGGAUAACAUUGAAAAAAAAUUGGAUGUGAAGAAGAUUACUAAAUUUAAUUGAUGGAGCUAACAUGUUAAAAAUUUAAAAUUGAUUACCCAAAAUAAUCUAUCCUACUGCUCAUAGUGGCAAUACCUUAGGAUGGAGGGAUGAAUGGGAAACACAAAGAGAUAUGCAACUCCUUUUUGUUAUUGAUAUUGCUUUUUUUAUUAUUCUUAAACAAAAUAUUUUGCUUCAUUGAGGGUAGUAAGAAGAAAUUUAGUUUUCACCAAUAUCUCAUAAAACCAUAUUAGAAGAUAAAAAAUAAGCAAUGCAUUGUACAUUACUGGGAUUGGAAAGUACAAUUUCUUUCUCAAUAAAUUACUACUUAUAUGUGAAGAAAUCAUGUAUUUUAUGUGAUAGGUUGAAUCUCAAGACUAAGUUAAAUUUCACAACUUGUAUAUGUGUUUGGUAUUAUAAUAGCUUUAGAGUUGACAUGGUUAUUGUUGAAGAUCAUACAAAACGACCAACUUAUACAUGGUUGUUGGUUCAUGCCAUAUAACACAGUUUUUUGGUGUUACUUUUAAACGAAUCGAGCUUCAUCAGAGCUUGACAGUGAAGUGCUAACCCGAGUAUAAGUGGUUAAUAGAUUAUAAUCUAUAUUUGAAUGUAUAAAUUGUGAAAUUAUUG